CGACACUGCUGCCUGCCUCAAGUCCUGGAUUAUUGAGGCGGCCAUUGAGUGAUGAUGAUAGUGAUGUCUACAGAAGAACCACCGACAAAUAGCUACGAAAGGAACAACUAUUACGAUCGCAGCAGUCGCCUGAGCAACAAUUACCAGCCAACGGCCGCCAACAGUAGUCUGUCUUCUGCCAGCAGCAGCAGCAGCGUUACACCCACAGGAGCCGCAGGAGGGGGUACGGGAACAGGAACAGGAGCAGGAACCACUGAUAGAUCGAGGAAUAGAGAUCGCCUGUACAGGAAUGGUUCCGCAGCCUCUACGACAGCAGCUAGUACAACGCAAUCGACAACAACGGCAGCAGCAACAGCAACGGCAGGAGCCGCGCCGGCGCCGCCACAAGCGUUAGGUGAUCGUAGCAACAACAACAAUAUACAACAUCAUCAGCAGAACACUCCUCGGGUGGUGGCACCGCAGUCAUGGUACGAAGCCGCCGCUGCUGCAUCGGCCCAAUUAAAAAGUCCUGGUGGCAGUGGCAGUGGAAAUGCCGGCGCCUCAGCAGCUACUACCACAGCAGCAGCAGCAGCGACAGCAGCGGCGACAGCCACAGCCACAGCUCAAGGUACAGCCGGCGGCUUUAUAAUGAGCAGCUCACCGAUCAAUCAUCAGCAUCAGCAGCAGCAGCAGCCACAUCCUCCUCCGCAUCAUUUACAUUACAGCAGCGCCAGUGGAGCGCCAUCCGUGGGAUGUGCCCCAAGCGCAGCCGCCACCUCCGUCUCGUACUCAUCACCCGCCCAAACGGCGACCACCGCCGUGCAUCGCAGUGUCGCCUAUGCGGGGAGUGCUGCGGAUGAUCGCGAUGCCAUGCGCAAGAGUCACCAACACCACCUCCACCACAACAACAACAGCAGCAGCAGCGGCAGCGGCAGUAAACUCAAUAAGCUGCUCAAAGGAGGAGCGACAGGACGCUGUGGCUCGGAAUCGCCAGGAGUAGGAGGAGUGGGAGCUGCAACGACGAUGACGAUGACGACGACAAGUACAAUCACAAACAAUAGUUUUAGUAAUAAUAGUUUAAAUAAUACAAUAACCACGGCAACUCCGACGAUGCCAACGAUUGCAUCUGAAACAUCUGUAUCUGCAUGUGCAUCUGCAUCCCCUGGAGGUGCGGCAGGAGCAGGAGCAGUGGCAGAGGGUAGUGCGGGCAGCGGAGGAGCAACCAGCGGCAGUGGCGGUGACAUUCUAAAUGUGGCCGCUGCCCUGGCAGCUGCCGUCGACAAUGGCACGUCCUCCUCUGCCUCUGCCUCUGCCUCAGCCUCUGCAUCCACAUCCGCAUCCGCCUGCUCCCUAGCAUCCGCGUCGAGGCCACACCAGCGACACCACCAUCAUAAUCAUCAUCAUAAUCUGCAUGGACGCAGCACCACCUCGUCAAGUCGGUCGCAUUCGCGUUCGCCGAGCAGCUACAGCAGCUCCCACAGCUCCUCGUCUGCGUCAUCGCAAACAUCGUCACAUUCGCACGCGUCCAGUCCGGUCCAAUCGGGCAUCCAAUGUGCAGAUGGUCGUAGCAUCUCCCGCAGUCUCCAGUCGGUGGCUGUCAACAGCACUGCUUCAAAUCCCAGUGGCAAUGCUGGCGCCGUAGCCAUACCCAGUGGCGGCUGUGGUUCCAGCUCCAGCAGCAGCAGCAGCUCUAGCAGCAGCAGCAGUGGCAGUGGCGGCGGCCACUCCUCCUCCUCGUGUCUCGCUGUGAAUCCUGUGGUGCAUUCCGAAGAUAAUCGCCCACUGGCGAUACGCGUACGCAACCUGCCCGCCCGUUCCUCGGACACAUCCCUCAAGGAUGGUCUCUUUCAUGAGUACAAAAAGCACGGCAAGGUCACGUGGGUGAAGGUCGUGGGCCAGAACUCCGAGCGCUAUGCCCUCGUCUGCUUCAAGAAGCCCGACGACGUGGAGAAGGCGUUGGAGGUCUCGCACGACAAGCACUUUUUCGGCUGUAAAAUCGAGGUGGAACCCUACCAGGGCUACGACGUGGAGGACAACGAGUUCCGCCCCUACGAGGCGGAGCUGGACGAGUACCACCCGAAGUCCACGAGGACUCUGUUCAUCGGCAACCUGGAGAAGGAGAUCACGGCGAGCGAGCUGCGUGUGCAUUUCGAGAGCUUCGGCGAGAUCAUCGAGAUCGACAUCAAGAAGCAGGGCCUCAACGCCUACGCCUUCUGUCAGUAUUCGGACAUUGUCUCUGUCGUGAAGGCCAUGCGCAAAAUGGAUGGCGAGCAUCUGGGCAGCAACCGGAUCAAGCUCGGCUUCGGCAAGUCCAUGCCCACCAACUGCGUGUGGAUCGACGGGGUGGGCGAGAAGGUGUCCGAGUCCUUUCUCCAGUCGCAGUUCACGCGCUUCGGCGCUGUCACGAAGGUGAGCAUUGAUCGCCAGCGGCAGCUGGCUUUGGUGCUCUACGAUCAGGUGCAGAACGCCCAGGCAGCGGUCAAGGACAUGCGGGGCACCAUCAUGCGUGGCAGGAAGCUGCAGGUGGACUUUGCCUCCAGGGAGUGCCAGGAUGCGUUCUACGACAAGCAGGAGAAACUGCAGCAGCAGCAACAGCAACAGAAUGCCGGUUCCUCGUCGCGUUUCAAUCGCUAUGAAUCCUCCACCCAGCAGUCCAGAGGACGGGCCUCCUCGUUUAGCCGCCUUCAGACAAACUCAAACGAUAUCUGCAACGAUACUGGCAGCAACACGCCCACGAGCGGCGGAGGCACCCCCUCGGCCAGCUCUGCAAUGCCUGCGCCCAGCAUCGCCUCUGCUAUUGCUCCGGCAACAGCAACGGGAGGCGCUUCGGGGCCGGGAGCUGCUGCCUCGACUGCCACGCUGCCAUCCGUGGUGGGGAGCAGCAACAGCAUAGGCAGCGGCUUGUCGCUGCCCCCCAUGUCGCCGGCUGCCAUGGCGCAGGUGCGGAUGCGAAUGGUGAGGAGUGCGAGGCACACCAUCGACUUUGAUUUCAACGAUGUGGCGGCACUGCGAAGAUUUCGCGGGGCUGCCAUCGGCAACAUGGAGGAGCCUCACGAUGCAGACAUCACAGCCACAACCAAAGUCGGCAGUCGAUGCGAUUCGCCAGUGAUUGCACGUCUGGGACCCGGGCCGCUCGGGAGUGGAGAAACCCCCAUGGAGGCGACGCUGAUGAACAGCACCAGCAGCAGCAGCAUAGGCGUGGGAGGAGCCGGUCGUAGACGUUGCGAACAACUCCUGCUCGAUGAAUGCCCGUCCAGUGGCGAUGAGGGGGGAAGCGUGGUCAGUCCCAGGAAGCGCAUCAAAAUGGAUUACCAUCACCAUCAUCAUUCCAAUGCCUCAGGGCUGGUGGAUCCCUAUCCCUCCUCGGGGGACAAGCAGCAGCCGCAACAGCCACCUUUGACCCCCCUAUCCAACUGUGAUGUGAUACACGAUCCCCUCAAUCGCAAGAGCGAGAUCCGACGAGUGUCCGAGGCGUCUCCUCUCUCCAGCAGCAACAGCAACAGCAUGAAGUUCCCUGGACAUCAGCCAUCGCCCUCGCCCUCUCUGAUGCUCAGCUGCCGCCGACCGUCCAUCGAUGCUGGCGCCUUCGCGGCGCUCUCCAGCUCCUCGGCGUUUCGCCACGGACUGACGGGGGCCAGCGGCAUGGAGCAGCAGCAGCAGCAGCAGCACAUGAUGAAUGCCUCGCUGGCCGCCAAGCGGCGGCGUGUCGCGCCCAUGCAGCAGCCACCCACAAUGGGGAACAACAGCAGCUCCGGCGGUGGUCUGCUGCUGGGUGGAGGAGUCACCGGGGUGACGCCACCCAACGAUGAGGCGUACCACCACCAUGUAUCGCGAGGACGCGGCCAUCAGCUACAUUCCCAUCACUCGCACGAGGCCAGCGGCGGGGAGAGUGCGGACGGAUCGCGGCCGGGCACGCCCCUGUGCGAUGAGCGGCCCGAAGUGCUGCCCUCAGAGCCACGACGCCUGCCCCCGCCGAGAGAACGAACGAGGGAAAGGGUCAGGGAGGUGAUGUGGCUGCCGAUGCCCAAGUUUGGCUACUCGUUCAUCCAGCAGCAUCGCAGUGGUGGAGGCACUGGCGGAGGCAGCACCGGCUGCUCGUCGAGCAGUGUAUCCAGCUACCUGCUGGGCUGUUCCUCGACAGCCGGUGGCCCCGCCAACAGCAACAGCAACUCUAGUCUAAGUGCAGGACUCGGCAGUGGAUCAUCGGCCUUCCUGCCGAGCCCCUCCUCACGCUACUGGCGAUCCUCCUCGCACCAGCAUCAACACCAGCAUCAGCAUCAUUCGCACCACUCGCAGCAGCAACAGCAGCCGCAGCAGCAGCAGCAGCAGCAGUCGUCCUCUGGCGCCUCCUUGGGCCUGAUGGCCAGCCCGGCGCGGCCUCGCUCGCUGAGCUCCAACUCGAGCGACUCGGAUGUGCCUGGACAUGCCGGAGGAAGCCCCUCGCUGGAUGAACGCCUCCGCAACUUUGAGGAGAACUACGAGCGAUGGUCCGGCGGCAGCAACACUCACCACAGCCACAGCCAUGUCCCGCAGUCGAGCAGCAGCAGCGGCAGCACAACGAUGCCCUCGUGGCAGCUCUCGAUGCACACGAAUCUGAGCGGCUUGAGCACGCAUCCGGCAAACUCUGGCAACGGCAACAGCAACAGCUCCAGCGGCACGGCCUCCAGCUGCCAUUCGGCGAGCAAUUCGCGCCACAAGUUCCUGGACAUCGACGAGCUGCAGCCCUCGGAUAUCGUCAAGUCGGUGCUCGCCAAGAAGUCCAUCUUCGACGACGAUCUGCAGCGGCUGAAGAAGAACCAGUGGUACGAUCCGAGCAGUGCGGACUUUGCCAUCGGCUCCACCGCGAUGGGAUCCACAUCGACAGCCUCGCGGCAUGGCCUGUGCAGUGGAAAUACCUCCCCAGCGCUGCUGCCCAACCUGGCGGCCACCAAGACGACGCCCAUCAUUGGCAACUGCACGCCCGUUCUGUCCAACAGCUCGACGAGCAGCAAGACGACGACGAGCGGACUUCUGCAGCGGCUGAGCAGCCUCUCGCCCAUGAACUCGCCCCAGGCCUCGAUGUCUCCCUACAACAGUCCCUCGCCCUCGCCAUCGGUGGGAGCGGCUACGCCGAGCGGGCAACUGUCCGCCGUGAAGCCCAUGGCGGGAUGCAGCAACAGCAGUAGCAGCAGCACCAGCAGCAGUGCCGCGGGCGGAGGAGUGGUUCCCGCGGCUACCGCUACGGUAGUCGCCGCUGCCUCGUCAUCGGCAUCGGCAUCCCCAGCUGCCACAUCGGGAGCCACCAAAGGACUGCAGUAUCCGUUUCCCAGUCACCCGCCUCUGCCAAACACUGCGGCGCCACCGCCUGCCGUGCAGCCAGCACCACCGCCACCACCAGAGACGGUGACGCAGAAGCAGCAGCAGCAGCCGGCAGCCAAGACGCCCGGACCGCCACCAACGGCACCCAACAGUCUGACGAAGAGUCUGAGUGUGCCCGCCGAGGCACUGCCGCCUUCACAGUCGCCCAGUGCCAGAGCACAGCUGCAGAAGUCUGCCUCUGUGCCGGGCAGCACGAAUGUGGGGACUACUACUACCUCCAGCAGCAGCAGCAGCAGCAGCAGCAGCAGCAAUGCCCCCUCGAGCUCCUCCAAUUCCACAUCAUCGUCCAACGGUAACAGUUCCUCAGCAACAGCCACCACAACACAUGUACAAAAGUCCCAACAGCAACAGCAACAAAACUCCAGCGAAGAGGAGCACAAGAGCAAGACAACCACCUCCCACUCCUCCUCCUCCCACUCACACUCGCACUCCCACAAGAAGAGCAGCAGUAGUGCCCACAGCGGGACAGGCACGAACCGGUCCAACAGCCUGGACAAGUCGCACAGCUCGAACCGAGCCAACAGCACGGACAAGUCCCACUCUGUGGACAAAUCCCACUCGGUGGACAAGCACAGCAGUGUGAACCGUUCCAACAGCAAGGAGCAAGCCACGGACAAGUCUAAUUCCACAAACAGAUCCAACAGCUCGGACAAAUCCCACGCGACGGCGACGACGACGACAACGAAUCGUUCGAACAGCACGGACAGGUCCCACAGCAGCAGCAGCAGCCGGCACAACAGCCGCUCGGAUGGCGGCGACAAGAAGGCGAAAAAGUCCGACAAGAGUUCCGUUUCAUCUUCGACGGGCUCCUCCGACAAGCGCAAGAAUUCCGCCACAUCCCAGUCCUCCAAAUCGGCGACUCCACGCAUCGAAGACUCCACGGACACGGACGAUCCUGGGGAGCGAUCCGAAAAGGAGCAGCGCCAGGAGCGGGAGAAGGCGCACCAGAAGGAGCGCCAUGAGAGGGAGAAGCGCAAGCAGCAGGAGCGAGAGGAGAAGGAAAAGGAGCGCAAGGCCCACCACCACCAGCCGGAGGACAAAGAGAAGGAAAAGGCUCAUCCAGAACGGAAGACGCAGACCCACCACCAAGAGGAAAAGGAAAAAGAGCGCAAAUCUCACCAGGAAGAAAAGGAGAAGGAGCGCAAGGCCCAGCAGCAGGAGGAGAAGGAGCGCGAGGAGCGCAAGGCCAAAGAGGAGAAGGAGCGCAAGGCUCAAGAAGAACGUGAGCAAAAGGAGCGUGACGAAAAGGAGCAGCAGCGAGUGCAAGAGCAGCGAGAGCAGGAAAAACGAGAGCGAGAGCAGCGUGAGAAGGAGCAUCGCGAGAAGGAGCAUCGUGAGCGGGAUCACCGGGAGAAGGAAAAAGAACAGUCCUCCCGACGAUCCAUCUCGGACUCGGAUCAAGAGUCCCGCAUGUCCAGGAUGCGCGAGAUGUCCUCGUACCACAAAAGCAAAUCCGAUGCCAGCUCCGAGGCCAGCAGCUUCUACGCGCACAAUGUCACGCCCAGCGCUGCCGAAUGCGAGCGGCAGCACAACAAAGAGAAUGCCGCCGAUGCCGCUACAGUGCCGCCCUCCUCGUGUCCCACGCCCACAGCGCACGAUGGCAGCAAUGCCAAUGCCGCCGCAGCCAAGAAUCGCUCGAGGAAGUCCUCCAGGAACUCGCCGGGGCCCCGCAUCCACAAGCGUCGCCUCAGCUCGCAGGAUAGCAACCACAGCGGCGGAGGCGGCGGCGCAGGUGUCGGUGGUCUGCACAACCAUCACGAUGACUAUGUGAAGCGGAUACGCAUGGAGAACCAUCAGAAUCCCCCCACACCCAGCCAGAACCAGCGGCUCAACGAUCAGCGUCACGACGGAGCCAAGGAGCAGCAGCAUAAGAGCAGCAACAGCAUCGCCAGCUCCAAGGACUGCGACCCCAACGCCAAGACAAACUCCAGUUCCUCGCACUCCAAGUCGCACGGCAGUGGCGGCAGCUCUUCCUCCUCCUCGAAGCAUCAUCGCAGGGAGAAGCAUCACUGCAAGAGCAUAGCGAGUGCCAGUGCCCCCUCUUCGAUGGAUGUCGUCACGCCAUCGAUGGAUGUGCUAGAGACCCCAAAGGCAGCCCUCAAGCAGCAACAGCAGCAGCAGCAGCUCGUCAACACCAGCGAGGAGGAGCAGCAGCCGCAGCCAAAGCGGGAGAAGGAGAGGGAUCGAGAGAAGGACAGGGAAGGACACCACCACCACAGCAGCAGCUCCUCCUCGCGCCACAAGAGCAAACGAGAGCGUGAGCACCAUCGAGAGCAUCAUCGCGAGAAGAAGCGCCAUUCGGUGGCCGAGUCCACCAACACCGAUGAGGAGCAGCAGCAGCAUCAGCACAUGCAUGCGCACUCGCAUCUCCAGCUGCAGCAGCAGGAGCUGCAGGAUCAGGAGCAGGAUCAAGAGCACCAUCACAAUCCCCACAGACGGACCUCUGCCGCUGGCAGUGGCUCGGCGGGAGAACUGAGCUCCGCUCCGACCAACACCUCCAGUGGCAAGGGGCAUCGGGAUCGGGAUCGCGACCGGGAGGGGCAUCAUCAUCACCAUGGCCACCACCAUCGAAGGAGGAGUGUGGACAGAAAGUCCUCGCGGGGCUCCGACGAGGGGCACCACUCCUCGAAAUCGUCGCAGCGCAGCAAGCUGAUGAUGCUCAGCUCCGCGGACUCGGACGACACGGACGAUGCCUCCAAGAAGCACUCGAUCUUCGACAUACCCGACGACUGUCCCAACGUCUCGAUGUACGACAAGGUCAAGGCCAGGAGCUGCAAGAACAUGCAGCGGCAGGCCGAGGAGAAGAAGAUCAAGGCCAAGUUCUCGCAGCUGAAGCAGUCGCGGGCCAAGAAGAAGCGCUCCACCAGCUACGACGGCGACUCGGACACGGAGUUCGAGGACCGCCAUCACCGGAACAGCGGCAGCAGCAGCUUCCACGGCCGACACAUCGGUCUCUCCAGCAGCGACGACGACAACGACGACGACGAGGAUGAGAUGAUGCAGAGCCACAGCCAUAGCCGCAUAUUCUCCGACUCGGACGCGAGAUCCGAGGGAUGCGAGGAUCACGAGGCGGUGGCCAGUCGCGUCCUCCAGAUGCAGCAGAAUCUGCGCCGUCUGUGCGACGGGGACGACAGUUCCGAGGACGAGAUACGCAGGAACUUCACCAAGCACAACCAGCACGGAAAGCGCAACUCGCACACGACGCGCAUUGCCUCCGAUUCGGAGUCGCAGUCGCAGCCCGGAGCCCCAGAGAUGGAGGUGCAGAUCAAGCUGGAGCCCCAGCCACAGCCAGAGAUGGAGAUGGAGCUGGAGCUAGAGCCAGAGAUCAAGCAGGAACAGCUGUCGGACGGCGGGGGAGAGCAGAAGAAGACAGAGACCGAGUACAAGUCGCGCCACGACUCGCACUCCUCGAUGGAGGAGCGCAAGCUGAAGACGGAGAUCAAGAAGGAGUAUGGGGACUUCUACAACUCUGCCGCCGGUGGGUGCUACUCCAAUGCCUACUCCGACUCGGGGACGGGCAAGACUAUCAAGGACUAUUCCCCGGAGACGCGCAAGAAGCACAAGAAGAGCAAGAAGCGCCUGAAGUCCUCCUCCUCCCGAGAGGUGGAGGCAGCCCAGCAGCAGCAGCAGCCACCGCCAUCUCUCGUUGUAUCCAUAGCCACGCCCUCGAUCUUCGAUGUGCACUCGUCCGAUUUGAAGGGGAACAAGUUUGUGGAUAGCCUGGAUGAUCUGAAGAUGGAACGGGAGCGAGACCAGGAGCGGGAGCGGGAACGGGAGCGAGACCAAGAGAGUGUCCUGCCCAUAUCGCUGGAGAUUUCGGCGAGCGAGAGGCGGAAGCACAAGGAGCGCAAGGAGAAGAAACGCGAGAAGAUGAGGAACCUCACGGCGGAGACAAACACCAUCGCUGGGUCUGCCACCACAGCAGCAGCACCACCACACAUGAGCAGCGGCAGCAGCAGCACACCAGCUGCACCGCCAGCAGCAACAGCAGCAGCAGCGGCUGUGCCGGUUCCGUCUGCCGGCAGCAACGAUCUCGGGGAGAAGCUGGAGAAGCUAUCGAAGGAAGAGAGGCACCGUUUGAAAAAGUCGAAGAAAUCCAAGAGUUUGGACAACUCCUCCUCUUCCGCGAGGCUGUACAAUGCCGCCUCUGGCAACAGCAGCCUUGUGGCAGCGGCAGCAGCAGCAGCAUCCACAGCGCCUGUGUCUGUGCCUGGGCCCGUACCCGUUCCUGCCACACCCACCUCUGCGCCAGCUCUCUCGCGAGACAAGACGCGGGGCGAGGACAAGAUGGAGUUCAUCUUUGGCAUCAUCUCGGACGAGGACGAGUCGCAGUUCGCCGACGAGCAGGCAGAAGGCGGAACCAAAGAGAUCUCCUCGAGAGAACCGAUUGUGUCCGCUGCUCUGCAGACCUACAAGCAGGAGCCACCAUCCACACCCACACCCGCACACACCUCCGCCAAGAUCCAGGAGAACCAGUUGCCCAUCAGCCCAAAGGAGGACCAGCCACCAGUGGAGAGGCCCCCUCGGCAGACGGGCGGCAGCUCGUCGUCCUCCUCCCAUGCGGACAGAGAGCGGCAUCGCAAGGAGAAGCGCGAGAAGAAGCGACGCGAAAAGUCCCAGCGCGAGCAGCAGCAACAGCAGCAGCAGGCGGCGAUCCAGCAGCAGUCCUCCUCGUCGAGUGCCACGAAGAUCGAGGACGACAACAGCGUGGACAUGGAUGAGGCGGGACGGGCCUUGGAGGCCCAACUGAUGGACGACUUUGACAGCAAGACGAUGCCCGAGGAGGCCACCCCCUCGACGGCCAACACCUACAGAUCGGACAUGACCGAUGUGUUCCGCUUCUCGGACAACGAGGACAACAACUCGGUGGAGCUGAAGCUGAAGCCCUCAUCGAUGGGAGUCCCGACCCAGCCGAAGCAGCCGCCGGCAGGCGAGGAGCAGCACAAGAGCAAGGACAAGAAGAAAAAGAAGAAGCGCUCCAAGGAGGAGAAGCAGGAGAAGAUGCUUCGCAGGGAAUCGAUUCCCACUCCUUCUCUGGGCCCAGGCCCGGGGCCGGGUCCUCCCUCGACGCCUGGCAAGCUGACGGUGAAUGUCCAGGCAGCCGCCAAGCAUGCGGGUGAGCAGAUGGACGCCACCAAGCAUCGUUCUGCAUCUGCAUCGCCUCCGCUGUGCAAGCCCUCGCCGAGUCUGCCCUGCCUCAUCGGAGACGAUGACGAUGUGGAUGUACCACAGCCACAACCACAUCCCCCCAAGCCUAAGGUGCCGCCGAGCACUCCCACCAGCACCGGCGCCAAUGCCAGUGCCAGCGCCAGGGGCAGCGGCUGCGACAGCCUCACUCCCUCGCGAGAGAAGCCACGCCUGAUCAGCCCCAUUCCCAAGACCCCGACCAUCACGAACUCCACGAGCUCCAUGCUGUCCACGCAGUCCGCGGAGACGCCAGUGAGCAGUGGAGCCGGAGCCGGAGCAGGAGCUGGAGCUGGUGCGGCGGGUGUUAACUCCUCGGCGCUGGCCACGACACCCACGUCCUCGACAACAGCCGCCGCUGCGGCCGCUGCAGCAGCCUCUGCUUCCGCGGAGAGCUCUCCCACGAGUGCGGCGCUCGGCAAGAAGAAGGACAUCUUCAUUCCCGGCUUCGAUGGCCAGCUAGACGAUAGGAUCAGCGAGUCGGCCGUGCAGUCCAUCUCCGCGGAGUUCAACAGCGCCUCCCUGCUGGAUCCUUUGGCAGGUGAGCCCAAGAUUCCGGUGGCCUCGCCACCGGGGGCCACUAAGCCACUGGACAAAAUUGAGGACAGCAAAUCCCGGGUGACCAUCUCCCAGGAGGAGACGGAGAGCGCCGUGUCAGCGCUGCUGGGCGAGAGCUUCGGCACCUCCUCGACGGCCGACUACUCGCUGGAUGGCAUGGACGAGAGCGAAAUGGAGCCGUCGGCGUCGGCUCUCGUUGUGGCCGAGCCCGAUGAAGAGGCCGCCCUGGCGGCCAAGGCAAUCGAGGGAGCCGUGGAACCACCAGCCAUUCUGGAAGACGAGCCUGAAGCCGAGCCAGAGCCAGAGACAGAAGCAGAGCCGCCAGUGGUCGUGGGAGCAGGAGGAGUCCUAGAUCCCGACGAGAUCAACAAGGCUGUGCAGAGUCUGAGGCACGAGGACAUGAUGGACAUCAAGGCGGACACUCCCCAGUCGGAGAGGGAUCUCCAGAUCGACACGGACACCGAGGAGAAUGAGAAUGCCGACGAGGCAGACAGCAGCGGACCGAGUCUCAAGAUUGAUGAGACCGUCCAGAGUUCAGAGACCUCCUCAUCGCCAGAGAAGUCUAUGUCGAGCAGCAGGGAAGCGGCAGCAUCCAAGGCAUCCCCAGUGGCGGAUCCACCUUCCAAGAAGAGUCCACCUUCGGUGAUCACGAAGCUGCCAUCUUUGGAGCAGCAGCAGAAGCAGAAGCCCCCAACAUCCGUGAUGAUCAGCGGCAGCUCGUUGACAUCAUCUUCCCCCGUGAAGAUUGAGCCGCCGACGAUCAGCAAACUGCAGCAACCAUUGGUGCAGCCGGUGCAGACGGUGCUACCCGCACCCUCGGCGAUGCCUCCUGCUCCUGCAAAGGCAGCGCCUGCACCUGCGCCUGCACCACACAAGACUCCCAUGCCCAUGCCCACACCCACACCCACGCCCACGCCCGUCAUCAAUCUGGAUCUGUCGAAUGUGAUGGCCAAUUGCUCGAACAGCAGCAGCUCCGGGUCUCCCUCGAUAUCCUUCGGGAGUCCCACGCCCAGCCAGAGCAUCCCCUGCAUGCCGCAGGCCUCGACGCCCAAGCAGACGCCAACGCAACAGCUGGCACUGCGCACGCAGUCGCUCAUCAUGCAGCCCCCGACCAUCUCCAUUCCAGAACAGACGGCGCACUUCAUGGUGCCCCACAUGGUGCUCUCCCCACAUCAUCCGCAGCAGCAGCAGCAGCCGACGGCGCCAGGUCCCAGUUACAUGAUGGGCAUUCGGGCACAGUCGCCACACAGUCCGCUGCUGUCGCCGGGACGAGGCGGGCCCCCCAUCAAUCGAGUGGUGGGCCAACUGAGUCCUGCGGGUCGUCCCGUGCCGCAGCAACAGCAGCAACAACAGCAACAGCAUGCAGUGAUGACAUCCCCGCAAGGCGGCAACAUGAGUCCAAUGGCCAGUCCCACGCCGCGAGUAGUGGCCACCAAUACCACAUCUCCCACCACGAGCAAGCCAAACAGCUACCAGCCGCGAGGACAACAGCAGCCACACCAGCAACAGCAGCCACACCAGCAGCAGCAGCCAUCGCCCAAGUCUCUGAUGGAUCUACACUCGCCGCAGUCGUCACAGUCGUCACAACUGAUUCCCAUGCCGAUGCAGAAGAUGCCGCCGAUGCAGGUGCCACACCACCCGACGAUCAUCAGCAAGGUGGUGACAGUGCAGCCGCAGCAGGCCACCCAAUCGCAGGUGGCAAGCUCACCGCCUUUGGGCAGCCUGCCGCCUCUUGGGCACAAGAGCCUCCACGUGAAUGCACAGCCACAGCCGCCACAUCAUCAGGCGCAACAGCAGCAGCAGCAGCAACAGCAGCAGCAACAACAACAACAACAACAACAGUUGUCGCCGCAAAUGAUGUCCAAGAUGACGGCAGCACAUCAGCAGCAUCAACAUCAGCAACAAGUGCACCAGUUUAUGCACCAGCAAAUGUUGCAACGACAGCAGCAUCAGCAACAGCAGCAGCAACAACAACAGCAGCAGCAUUUGCAACAGCAGCAGCAACAUGGACAUCCGCAUGGACAACAGCAGUCGCAACAGCAUCAGCAGCAGUCGCAGCUCCAUGGACAGCAGCAACACCAACUGCAGUUGACGCCCGCGCAGCAACAUCAGUUGCAGCAACAGCAUCCGCAUCAGGCGCCACAGCAGCAGUUGACUUCCGCGCAGCAUCAGCACUUCCAACAUCAGCAGCAGCAUCAGAUGAACCAACAGCAGCAGCAGCAACAGCAGUUGAACCAACAGCAGGCACUGCAGGCGCAACAGUUGCACAUCCAGAAACUGCAGCAACAGGUACAACAACAUCCUCCCCAGCAGCAGCAGCAGCUGGGUCCGCCGCCACCGAUGUUUUCACAGCAUCCGCCACGUGGUAUGGCCAACCAGCAGCAACAGCAACAGUUGGCACACAGUCCGCCGUGCAAGCCUGCAAAUCCAAUGGUGCACAGUCCAUCAUUGCUGGUGAGAGUGCCACAACCGCAGCAGCAGCAGCAGCAACAGCAGCAAUCGUCUCCAGGCGCCACGCAAAUGCAAACGCAUCCAACGCCGCAACUGAAUGUGAUCCAGAGUCCAACUGCCAAGCAGCCACUGAUUGUCCAGCAGCAUAUUGUGCCACCGCCAGCAGCACAAGCACCGACGACAGCCGCCAACGCGAAGAUCCACUAUCCAACGCAACAAAAUGUGAAUCCCAGUCCCAAUCUCAUCAAGGAGACCCCGGUGGAGGCAUCGGGAUCGGCAUCAUUGGCCAACAAGACGUCGGAGAGUGUUUCGGUGAUACGGACACCCACACCCACGACCAGCGGCAGCGGCAGUCCGGCGAUAAUCUCUCCAAAGGCAGCCAGUGCCACAGCCGGUGGCACAUCCCUGCUGACGGAGGAGAAUCUCAUCAAGAUCUCGUCGCAGCCCAAGCAGGAUGAACUGAUCGAGCAGGACUCCAAGGAGGUGGACAGCGACUACUGGUCCGCCAAGGAGGUGAAUAUCGAUAGUGUGAUCAAGAAGCUGGAUCCACGGGAGCCGCCGCCACCUCCGGCAGUCAUCAAGGAGAUGCCCCCGACAGUGGCAGUCGCGGUGGCUGCCCCAGUGGAGGUGCCACCCACCCCUACCAUACCCACGGUGACACCAGUGUCGACACCGCCUCCUGCUGCUACAUCUGCUCCUGCUCCUGCGCCUGCCCCUGCCCCUAUUCUAACGGUGAACGAUCACGACACGGAGGACGAGACGGAGACCCUUCAGAUGGCCCCGAAGCCCAGCACUCCGACUGUGGGCAGACCGCCGGGUCGUGGAGGCGCCAGCAAGCGUGGCAGACAGCCACGUGGCGCCAAGAAGCAGGGCGGACUCCCACUGACCACGCCAGGCGCUGCACCAGGAGCUGAUGCUGGAUUGGGCAUCGCUCCCGGCGACAAUGGAGUGCAGACUCGUCUAAGGAAGCCGGUGACGGCGCCUGUGACUCGCGGCAGGAAGGGUCGUCCGCCCAGGAACCUCCUCCUGCAACAGCAGCAGCUCCAACAACAGCAGCUGGCGCAACAGCAGCAGCAGCAGAAGGCCAUGGAAAUGGCGACACCCACAUCCACACCCACGCCCAUAGCAGCAGCUGUGGCAGCGGUAACGCCCAGCACUCCAGUACCGACGGCCGCGGAGAAGAAGGCCAGGAAUCAGGCGCUGACUCAGGCGCAAGCCUCCAACCAGGACGUUUAUGAGUUCAACGAUGACUCCGGCGAGGCUGAGCCCAAGGUCAAGAUUGCGACUGUGGUGCAGCCAGUGGAGGAUCAGCGGCCGCGUCUCAUUCUGACAAUCAACAAGUCGCAGCCGUCGAUCAGGAGCAGCACCGACGUGGAGCCACCAGCAGAGGCACAGGCACAGCCACAACCACAAUCCCUGUCACAGCCACAGCCCCAGGCGCACGCCCACAACGAUGCGACGAUUAGCGACAACUCGAGCGAAUCGAGCAACACGCGCAAGUCUCGCCGCCUGCAGGAGAAGGAGGAUCGCAGCACAGUGGACGACAUCAUCGAGGAUGUGGUGCGGAAUACCAACACACAAAUGGCCGCAGGAAUCAGUGCCGGAAUCGGCGCACAGACUCCUCCCCGCCGCUCCGGACGGAAUGCCCAGACGAAGAAAACGGAUCUCGUGAAUCCGCCCACCAAUGCCGUGGGUCGUCCCCGUCGCACCAAGGACAGGAAGCAAACCAUCUCGGAGCCGCUGUCGAGCCUGAUGGAGGACUCAUCGCAAUCCUCAUCAUCGCCCGCACCGCCCGCGACGCCCAUCCUGCAUGGCCCCGAGCAGCAUGCCGCACAUAUGCCGCAGCUGGACACCAAAGAAGUUGAACCCACAGCCGCCACGCCAUCCGCUGUUCCUGUUCCUGUUUCGCAUCCUGCUGCAGUGCCUGCAGUGCCAGUGGUGCCAGUGAUGCCCGUGCAUCCCACGAAGCCCACGAUACCACAGCAUCCGAAGAAAAAGGCGAUUGCCGCAGCGGAGAUCGAAUCGUAUCAGGCCAUCAACUCGUCGAUACCCAGUGGAGGGCUGCCCAUGCACCAGACGGCAGCUCCGGCCACGCAGAAGAUCACUGGAGGGGCAGCGGAUGCCGUCAGCAAGGCCCUGGUGGAUCCCGUCACGGGAGUUAUCACCGCGGGCAUGCCGCAGGGCAAGGAGGGCAACCUCCCGGCAGCCACGGCUGCAGCUCCCACCAACAGCAGCAAUGAGGCGGCACCGCAGAUGCAGCAGCAGCAGCAGCCACACCACCAACACCAGCAACAGCCGCUGCCACAGCAGCAGAUCAAUGCCACAGUGCUGGCUCCGUCUACGGCGGCGUCCAUCACUGCGGCUAUGGGCAACAAGACCGUGCAGCUGGAUGCAGCUGCUGCAGCGGCGCUGUUGAACAAACCCGUCAGCGUGUUGGUAAAGCAGCAGCAGCAGCAGCAGGGACAACCGCAGUUGGUGGCGCCACCAAAGCAACAACAACCGAUAGUGCUACAGCAGAAUCCACUGCCGACGGUGUUGCAACAUGCCCAGCUGAGCAACGUGCGGCCACCGCAGCCACUGAAGGCGCAUGUCCUGAACAGGGAAAAGAACCUCCAGCAGCAACAGCAGCAGCAGCAGCAACUGACGCCCACAAAGGCGCAGCCAGCGGUUGCAGGACACAUGCUGAUCACAGAUGCCGCAGGCAAUCAGCUGCUCCAGCCACAGAUCAUAGCACGCCACUUGCAGCAGCAGCAGCAUCUGCUGGUGAACGUGCCGCCACCAUCGGCACAUUCGCCACAUUCUCCCAGGAUUCAGGGGCAACAGCAGCAGCAGCAGCCACAGCAACAGCACCAGCAGCAGAUGGGAGCAGCAGCACCCAUGCCACAGCAACAACAGCAGCAGCAGACGCUGGUCAUCAAGCAGGCAACAUCUGCAGCACCACCGCAGAUCCUGCAUGUCGUAAGCUCCAAGGCUUCCGUGGUGCCGCAGCCGCAGCAGCUGCCGCCCACCUCUUCGGCGACAGGAUAUAUGCAGCGUGGCAACUCUGGCUACGUGCCGCCCACCGUGCUGGCACCUGCCACAUCCGCACAACAGCAGCAGCUGUACAAGCCACCGAACCAGCAGAAGGCCGGACCACCGCAGGGAGUGCCAGUGCAGGUGCAGCUGCCGCUGCCGCCGCACGGGAUACCCAUGCUACCCAAUCAUCCGGGCCUGCUGCUACAGCAGCAGAAGGCCCCGGCGCACCUGCAGCCGCAGCAGCAUCAGUUGACGCCUUCGCCGCCCUUGGCGCCUGGCAAACCGAAUCCCGUGGUGCACAGCCUGCAGACAGGACAGAUCCUGCCAGGGAGCGUGGGCAGUCCGCCGCCCGUCUCCGUGGCUGCAGUGCUCAAGUCGGCGCAGCAGCAGGCUAACUCUGCAGCAGCAGCAGCGGUCUUGCGCACGGCCAUUCCCAACAUCAGUCCGCAGGGACAGCCGAGGGUUUCGCCCCUGGUUCUGCCACCAGGAAUGCCGGGAGUGCCGCCCUUCGACACGAGUCUGCACGAUCUGGGUGCCUAUGUCAGUGGACGACGCACCCAGAGUCCGCCGCCGGCCCACCAACAGGCCUCGCCCAUAACACCGAACGAUUCCACGUAUCGGGGUGUGGCUGCGUCCAGGGACUUUAUGCUCUAUCAACACCAUUUGAUGCGCAGCGGCGACUACGACGACAAGAUGAUCAGCAACAGUCCGCCGUUGGAGCUACGGCGACCUGGCAGUGGACCACCGCGCACCAUUGCAGUGCCGCACAGCCUGCAGAGCCCGCAGGAUCGCACAGCAGCGGACUCCCCUCAAAUGGCGCAGGUCUAUGUGCAUAAUGCUCGCAUUCCCCAUGCCCACUUCAGCGACAUGGCCACGCGGGCGGGCUACUACGAGACCGGUGGGAUACAGCUGGAACCGCCGCCAGCCCAUCGACCGGCGGCUUCGAUCAGCGUGGUGGUGCCGCCACCGCCUGUCGGGGCGAGUGUCAGUCCAUUCCUCGGCCGGGAUGGCAGCAUGCAGCUGGAGGAUAGGGAGAGGGAGAUGGAGCGCAUGUCCAUGAUCGCAGCAGUCGUCAAUCAGCAGCAGGAGCAAAUGCCAGCAGCUGUUCUGCACGCCGGCAUGGAGCUGGCCGCCGCCCAACAGCAGGCACCGCCGCCAGCAAUGGCCCCGCCGCCGGGUGACUCGCUCGUGACACUGCUGCAACGCUAUCCCGUGAUGUGGCAGGGAUUGCUGGCCCUGAAAACGGACCAGGCUGCCGUUCAAAUGCACUUCGUGCACGGCAAUCCGAACGUGGCGCGUGCCUCACUGCCGAGUCUGGCGGAGAGUAGCACGCCGCUGCUGAGGAUUGCCCAGCGUAUGCGCUUGGAGCAGACGCAGCUGGAGGGAGUGGCCAAAAAGAUGCAGGUUGACAAGGAGCACUGCAUGUUGCUGGCCUUGCCAUGCGGCCGAGACCAUGCCGAUGUGCUGCAGCACUCGAGGAACCUACAGACCGGAUUCAUCACUUAUCUGCAACAGAAAAUGGCCGCGGGCAUUGUCAACAUCCCCAUACCGGGAAGUGAACAGGCCGCCUACGUGGUGCACAUCUUCCCGGCCUGCGAUUUCGCCAACGAGAACCUGGAGCGUGCCGCACCGGAUCUCAAGAAUCGUGUAGCCGAGUUGGCACACCUCCUGAUUGUCAUAGCCACUGUCUAAGGCACACACCAGAACAGCUAGGACAGUGCCAGGACAGUGGCUGCACCACCGGACUAUGACUUUGUAAAUCUCUAGGAUGCGACACUUUACCCAGACUCUGACAAAGAAAAACCACCCACAAGAACCAAGAACAGCAGCAGGCAACUACAAGAACUACAACCAACCAACAAAACAAGUUACGCUCUUCUAGUAUUUUAAGUAAUUUUAAAUAGCGAUUAAACAAGCAAAAGUUUAAAAAAAGCAAAGCAAAGCAAAAAGAACUUAAACAAGCAGAAAUCACAUGCAAACUUUAUUGAAUAAAUAAAUGCACGCGACGAAACGAGACGAGACGAGACGAGACGAGACGAGACGAAAAUUAGAUGGAAUGGAACAUUGUUGCUCCCAGAAUAUGUAUUUGAUUUGAAUAUCUGACGAAGAGAAUACAGAAUGUCAUGUCCAAAAACAGAACUCAAACAAAGCGAAAAGAUCCAGCGUUCAGCAACCACUUGUACACUUUAAAAGCAAAAGCAAAAUACGAUGAAUAUAUAUUUGUCUAAAUUUAAUUAUUUAACCUUCCCCUAAUUUAAUCCUUUAAAAGAAAACAAAACAAAACAAAAUGAAAAAGAAAAGAAAAGAAAAGCUUGCAAAGUAUCGUUAAGUUUGAUCUCAAGAAAAGAAAGUUUUAUUUUUUGCUUAAUUUAAAAUGAAAGAAAAUGUAAGA